CAUUUUCAAUUCCAUUUGCCGUCCAUUUCCAAAUCAAACCGACGGUCACGAUCACUCCAGCAACAAACCAAAUUCACUUGCCGUCCAUUUCGAAAACCAACCGACGGUCUCGAUCAAUCCAGUUCUUCUCCAGCUCCUCCACUCCUCCGCCUCUUCUCCGUCGUUACCCCAUUUUAAUGGCCUUCGCCAUUGCAUUCCCAUUUCUUUCUUUACUUUUUAUUGCCACUACCAUACGCCAUUCAACCACCACAUAAUUGAUCAUUCUUUUUCCCUUCAUUCACAAUAGCCAUUCUCUCUCUCUCUUUUCGCCCUUUUGUCUCUUUCUCUCUUGGAUGCGGUUUCUUUUUCCACUUCGAUCACUACGCUCGCCGUUUUCUCCAGGAUCGGGGGAGUUCUGUUGAUCUUCGCGUGUGGGUUCAUCAAUGCCAUUUUAGGGUUAGCGAUGUGACAAGAGAGAUUCAUUUCUUUGCGGUUUUGGAAAUGAACUUUUUCUCAUGUUUGUUGUAGUUCUUUUUUUGGGUGUUGUAUGAGUUUGCAAUGCAAUGGAAGUAAAUGUCCAUUUCAGAAUGCAAAUGUAAGAUGUAAAAUGUCUUUAUAGUUUGUUGACAAGGUGUUUGGGUAGUCUUGGACCCAAUGAUUUGCAUUUGAUUGUUUAUUGAGUGUUGCGGAAAUCGAUGUCUGCUGAAAAUGCCCAGUAUCAUAGCACCCGGAGCGAAGAAAACCACGACUCUGACGGUUGCAGUGAAAUGCCGUCCUCUAAGGGAGAGAGAGCGUGGCCGUGAUAUUGUCCGCGUGAUUGAAAGCAAGGAGGUGCUUAUACUUGAUCCUGACCUGUCGAAGGAUUACCUCGACCGCGUUCAGAACCGAACGAAGGAGAAGAAUUAUUGUUUUGAUCAUGCAUUUGGUCCAGAGAGCACUAAUCUGGAAGUCUACACGAAAAGUAUAUCUUCCAUAAUACCUGGAAUCGUUCAAGGUCUAAAUGUUACUGUUUUUGCCUAUGGGUCAACUGGAAGUGGUAAAACAUACACAAUGGUUGGGACCAAAGGUGAUCCUGGACUCAUGGUGCUCAGUUUGAAUACUGUAUUCGAUCUCAUAAAAAAAGACAAGCGGUCUGAUGAAUUUGAAGUUACUUGCUCUUAUCUAGAAGUAUACAAUGAAGUCAUCUACGAUUUGCUUGAAAAAUCAUCUGGUCAUUUAGAACUUAGAGAGGAUCCUGAGCAAGGAAUAAGUGUUGCGGGCCUUAGGUGUAUCAAGGUUCAUUCUGCGGAUAAAAUUCUUGAACUCUUGAACAUGGGUAAUAGUCGAAGAAAAACAGAGAGCACGGAGGUAAAUGCCACCUCUUCAAGAUCACAUGCAGUUUUGGAGAUCAGAGUGAAAAGAAAACGAAGAAACAAAUAUCCAAAUCAGGUCUUGCAAGGGAAACUUGCCCUUGUAGAUCUUGCUGGUAGUGAACGGGCUACUGAGACAAAUAAUGCUGGCCAAAAAUUGAGGGAUGGAGCUAACAUUAAUCGUUCACUCCUUGCUUUAGCCAACUGCAUAAACGCGUUAGGGAAACAACAGAAAAAAGGUCUCGCUUAUGUCCCAUACCGUAACAGUAAAUUAACACGAAUUUUGAAAGAUGGUUUAAGUGGAAAUUCUCAGACUGUGAUGAUUGCUACGAUAUCACCUGCAGACAUUCAUUAUCAUCACACUGUGAAUACAUUGAAAUAUGCUGACAGAGCAAAGGAAAUCAAGACACACGUCCAGAAAAACAUUGGAGCUGUAGACACCCAUGUAUCAGACUACCAACGGAUGAUUGAUAGUCUUCAGACUGAGGUUUGUCAAUUAAAAAAGGAACUAGCUGAAAAGGAAUCCCAGCUUAGUACUAAACCUGCUGAAAAGGCUGCAGACGAUGAGCUGUCUCAGUUGAAUAUUUUAAGUCAUGAAAUAAGUGAGAAUGUUCAGGAAAGAAUAAAUUUACAGAAGGCUAUGUCUGAGCUAGAGGAAACCAACCUUAAUAACCGUUCAGAACUCCAACGACUUGAUGAAAUUAUUGCAAGGCAUCAGGCUAUUCAAAUGGACGGAUCAACUGUAGAGGAGCUGGUUGCCCGACGUCUAGUAAUUUUAGAUAACAUUCGUGACAAUGAUGAAGCUGGAGUCAAUUAUCAGAAGGAAAUUGAAGCAAAUGAAAAGCAGCGAUGUCAACUUCAAGGAAUGAUUGAUGAAGCCGUUAGUAAAAAUGGGAAUAAAACUUACUUGCGGAUACUUAGUCAGUAUAGACUUCUGGGAAUGGCCAACUCUGAGCUCCAGUUAGAGAUGGCAAUGAGAGAUCAAGUCAUUCACAACCAAAGAGAAGCUCUGAAAAACUUAUGGAACUUGCUCAUGGGGCUGGGACUGGACGAGAAACAGAUAUUGCACCUUGCAGCCGAACAAGGUCUGACGAUUGAAGGCUGGCCAAUGACUUCUCUGGGGCUUUCUGAAAAUCAGUCAUCUAAUCUCUCUUCUUGUAGACCUACAUCAGUUUUCCCAUCUUCUGGAAUAGAGGAGGAAAAUCAAAACUUCUGCAACUCCUCAUGUCCUGACUUUUCACCACCUGCAUAUUCAAGGCUGAGGAAUGCUGAUGGGAAACCAAACAUGUGGUUUGGUUUACCUGGGAAGCAUUCUCAAGAUCUUUACAAGUCGUGUCUGGAUAUGAGAAGUCAUGCUUCUUUUGGUGGGAGCUGCAUAUCAACAUCAUCUGUAGUUGGCGAUUUAGCCAGCAGCAGAAGGAUUAUUAAGGCAACAUCUUUUACUAAGAAAUUUUAGUGGACGAGGGAAUCAUAUAGCAACAUCUAUUAUUAGAAAAUUAUCAAGCAACAAGAUUUAACGUAGGCUUCAUGAAUUGUGUUAUCGAAAGCAAUCACCUGGUGCUUUGCUCCAUUUUCUGCUAUUGGGUAAGGGUUCUAUUUAGUGUUGAUUCAAUGCCCCUGAUCGUAGAGGCUAGGCCUCCUGUUUUGUAGGACCAAGAUUGCUUAUGCCAUUACAUUUUGUAGAAAACCAAAUGUAAAUGUGCAGACUUGCAGCAUCUUGUGAUGAGGAGAUGUAUUUGUUAUUAGCUCGUAAAUUCUUUUUCCGCUUCCAUAGUUAAGAUAUGGGAGAAUGGUUUGGGGCAAUAUUAGCCAAAAAUCAGAUGUAACAUUGGUGCUAUUUUGCCUGUAUAUAUCUUUACUAUAUGAUGUAAAUACUGUUGGUGAAUUG